AUGGGGAUGGAUAGGAUGUGGGCCCUUCUGGCUCUAUUUCCAGUGUGGUCUGCGCAAGUCCCACGCCUGCCGUGCUCUUUCUCGCCACGCCCUUCCCUGCUCUUCCUGCUCUGUUUACUCCCUCCCCUCCCACCCAUGCUGCAUGCAGGCUCUAUUUCCAGUGUGGUCUGCGCAAGUCCCACGCCUGCCGUGCUCUUUCUCACCACGCCCUUCCCUGCUCUUCCUGCUCUGUUUACUCCCUCCCCUCCCACCCAUGCUGCAUGCAGGCUCUAUUUCCAGUGUGGUCUGCGCAAGUCUCUCGCCUGCCUUGCGCGCCGCACAGUGGACUUGAGUUGCUGUGACCCCUCUGUUCCUCCUCUGCUCAACUACCUGCACGCACAACCACCCGCCUCACUACCACGCCGCUGUUACCCCUACCACCUCUCCUGCCCCUCCGUCGGAAGGUCGAUCAGUCAAAGACGGCUCAGCCCGAUCAGCUUCGGCGCAUGGGAGGUUCCGUCUGUUCCCGCACCCUCUCGCCCCGCCUCCAAUGACUCCUCGUCCCGCCACACUCACGCCUCGGCUGUUGCGGAUUGGCGGGCUGCACUGGAAGCACUUCUAAAUGGGUCGCCGGUGCCUGCUGCCGCUCCCACACCUGCCCCUACUUCGUCUGACGAUGUGUGGCUGAGUACGGUGUCUCCUUCGGGAAGGCGUGCGGCCGCUGCCGCUCCCACGCCAGCUCCUGCUUCCUCUGACGAGCCUGCUCAUGUGCGGCUGAGUACGGUGUCUCCUUCGGGAAGGCGUUCGGCUGCUGCCGCUCCCACGCCAGCUCCUGCUUCCUCUGACGAGCCUGCUCAUGUGCGGCUGAGUACGGUGUCUCCUUCGGGAAGGCGUUCGGCCGCUGCCGCUCCCACGCCAGCUCCUGCUUCCUCUGACGAGCCUGCUCAUGUGCGGCUGAGUACGGUGUCUCCUCCGGGAAGGCGUGCGGCCGCUACUGCUGCUGCUCCCUCGCAGCCUCAGUCGCACUUGUUGCCGGAUGAGGUUCUUGCAGCGCUGGCGCUGCUGGUGCAGUCAGCACUGGCAGAAGGAGGGCUCGUGGGGGCUGAAGAAUCUGAAGCUCGGGCUCGGGUAUGGAGCGUGGGGGCGAAGCCGUCGAUGAUACAGCUUCUCAAGGUGCUUCGGGAGCAAGGCGUGCUGCUGGCGGUGCUGCUGAGCCUCUCAGCCUUUUUCUCGAUGGCGGAAACGUCUAUCACCACGCUCUGGCCCUGGAAGGUGCGUGAGCUGGCGGAAAAGGAGAAGGAGGGAAGCGUGUUUCAGCUGCUGCGGCGGGACGUGACUCGCUUCCUCACCACCAUCCUCAUCGGCACCACGCUGGUGAACAUCUGGGCGACGGCUCUGGUCACGGAUGCCGCUACAGCGCUCUUUGGGGAGGCAGGAGUUAGUGCUGCUACAGGCGUGAUGACGAUCCUUUUGCUAGUCUUCACAGAGAUCGCCCCCAAGUCCAUCGCCGUGCAUAAUGCCACCCAAGUCGUCCGUGUCGUGCUGCGUCCAGUGGCGUGGCUGUCAGUCGUGCUCUACCCCGUGGGUCGCCUCUGCACCUAUGCCUCCACAGGCCUCUUCCGUCUCCUCGGCCUCAAGACCAGCGGGGAGCCGUUUGUGACAGAGGAGGAGCUGAAGCUCAUGUUGAGGGGGGCGGAGAUGAGUGGCGCUAUUGAGGAGGAGGAGCAGGACAUGAUAGAGAACGUGCUGGAGAUCAAGGACACAUAUGUGCGCGAAGUCAUGACUCCCCUCGUAGACGUGGUGGCUGUGAGCUCCUCUGCGUCGCUCAUGGAGCUGCGAGCGCUGUGGGUGCGCCACCAGUACUCGCGCGUGCCCGUCUACGAGAGGAGGGUGGACAACAUUGUGGGCAUCGCGUAUGCCAUGGACAUGCUUGACUACGUGGAGCAGCCGGAACUGCUGCAUCGCUUGAGUGUGGGCAGGAUCGCGCAUCGGCCGGCAUACUUCGUCCCUGACUCCAUGUCCGUGUGGAACCUUCUGAGAGAGUUCCGCAUCCGCAAGGUGCACAUGGCCAUCGUACUGAACGAGUAUGGCGGCACUGUGGGGCUGGUGACGCUGGAAGAUGCUGUGGAAGAGAUCGUGGGGGAGAUAUUCGACGAGAAUGACUCCAAGGAGGAGAUUCGGCGCAAGACGGGGUACAUCAUUCAGAGGGCGGAGGGCGUGUAUGAUGUGGAUGCCAACACCACCGUUGAUGAUCUGGCUGACAUUCUCCAAGUCGUGCUGCCCCCUGUGAGUGUGCUGUUGCUGCUGCUGCUGCUGCUUGUGAGUGACUCCCAUGAGUCACUGUCAACGCGUGUGAAUGAGAGGAGGGCGGAGGGCGUGUAUGACGUGGAUGCCAACACCACCGUUGAUGAUCUGGCUGAUAUCUUCCUAGUCGUGCUGCCCCCUGUGAGUCUUGCUUGUGCUGUCACCUGUAAGUCACACUUGUGCCGCCCGUAA